AUGGAGCAUCAUGUCUCAGAUUCAAGAAUCGAUUGGAAACGAUUUUCGCAGUGGCGAAGAUUAAUCCAUACUUUCGGAUACGUGAUCCGGUUUACUGGUAACGUGAAUGCGAAGGUUCAUAAGGCCACUACAACUCAGGGCCCAUUAGAGCAGCAAGAAUUGGCAUUAGCGGAGGCAUGGGUUUUCCAAACAAUUCAGAAGGAGUUUUACCCACAAGAAAUAGCUGCACUUCAAGAUCCGAGAGAAACGAAACCGAGUUUAGAUCGCAAUAGCAAAUUGUUCAAAUUAUGUCCAUUUCUGGAUGCCAAUGGCGUUAUGCGUAUGGAAAGCCGGAUCAGUCAAGCAGCGUUUGCGUCCUAUGAUACCAGGAACCCUAUAAUCCUCCCACGUGGACACUAUGUCACGGAUCUCGUAGUCAUGUGGUAUCACUGGAAGUUCCUGCAUGAGAAUAAAGAAACGGUGGUCAAUGAGAUGAGACAACGCUUUCACGUAUCAAAUCUUCGAAUAGUUGUACGACAAGUAGCUAAAGAAUGCCCCUGGUGCAAGAUCGUCAAAUCCGUUCCGAAGGUGCCGAGAAUGAGCCCUCUCCCAGCUGCGAGAUUGGGAGCAUUUCAGCGUCCAUUUUCAUUUGUGGGCGUGGAUUACUUUGGCCCCAUCACCAUCAGAGUUUUGCGGAGUAAUGUUAAACGUUGGGUGGCAUUAUUCUCUUGUUUGUCCAUUCGUGCUGUUCACCUAGAGGUCGUACACUCUUUGUCCACGGAAUCAUGCAAGAUGGCAGUUCGACGUUUCGUGGCUCGGCGUGGAUCACCGUCCGAGAUAUACAGUGACAACGCAACAAAUUUCUUGGGCGCUAGCAACGAUCUCAAAAGUGAGAGCAAAGGGAUCAAUCUACAGUUGGCUGAUACAUUCACAAACGCUAAUACGAAGUGGUUGUUUAUCCCUCCAUCAUCGCCCCAUAUGGGUGGAGCAUGGGAGCGAAUGGUACGCUCCAUCAAAGUAGCUUUCUACGCCAUUUCUACUACGAAGCUUCCUACGGAGGAAAUGUUUGCCACGGUAUUGGCUGAAGCGGAAGGAAUCGUCAAUUCAAGGCCCUUGACCUUCAUUCCACUUGACGAAGACAAUCAAGAAGCUUUAACACCAAAUCAUUUUUUGCUCAUGAGUUCCAAUGGGGUGUUGCAGCCGUCUAGAACGAUCCAACACACGGAAGCUGUAUGCCGUAGCGAUUGGGAUUUCUGUAGGAGAAUGAUUGAUUUGUUUUGGCGAAGAUGGAUAAUUGAAUAUCUGCCUACGAUAACUCGGAGAACCAAAUGGUUUGGAGAAGUGAGACCGAUGAAAGAAGGGGAUGUUGUAAUCAUAGUCGAUGAUAAGAAACGCAAUGGCUGGGUUCGAGGACGAGUUUUGGGCGUACGUGCCGGUCCAGAUAGUCGAGUGCGUAAGGCAUGGGUACAGACUACUGCAGGAGUUCUUCUGAGGCCAGUAGCAAAGCUGGCUGUAUUAGAUCUGAGUCCUAGUAAAACUGGUCUGGUGAGAGCUGACCAGUGUUACGGUCCGGGGAAUGUUACGGCGUUUGAGGAAGAAUCAGCAAGUCCCCUAGUUCCUACAGUUGAUUGUGUGUGA